CGAUGGGGCUGUGUGUUCUGAAUUCUCUCUUGCAGGAUGAAGGUUCUCAACUUCCUCCUCCUCCUCUUCCUCCCGGUCCUGGCAAAGCUGGCGUGUGGCAACACCCUGUGUCCUGUGGAUGAAGCCAUCAAUGAGAAACUCCUGAGCAUCAGCAGCUCCUUGCUUACUGGCAGUUGCCUGCGCCUGGAGCUGGACUGUCGCACCGUCAAGGCCGGCGGCAGCCUGGCCAACUGCCCCCCAGGCUUUGCCGUCACCGGCUGCGCCUGUGGCUUCGGCUGCGGGUCAUGGGAUGUGCGUUCCGAGAAGACGUGCCACUGCCAGUGCAAGGGCAUGGACUGGACCGCUUCGCGCUGCUGCCGCCUCAAGUGCACCAUGAAGACCAACGCCUGAGCUAGCACAUGCACC